CGGAGCGGACGUGACGUUUUCCAGAGUUCCGUUUUUCCGGUAGCCAUGACGUCAGGGCAAGGGUGAAGACGAAACAUGGCGGAGUGCUCCCUAGCCCGUUGCUCGCAGGAGCGACGCGUGUUUCGAAAGGAAUUUCAGAGAUGGAGCCGGGAUAUGCUAUUUGUUGUAGGGCUGGAGCGGGUUGCGGAAGAAAUGAUGGGGUCCAGACGAUGGAGGAAAGUAACACAACUCGAAAACGCCUUAGAACAAGAGUUAGAAGUGACAGAUUGGGAACCGGACCAAGUUUGUUAUUUUUGCAACUCCAAACGGAUGCCGCCAUACGAUCCUGCAGGUGGUCUUCUACCUGAGGGCUAUAGUAGUUUUAAAAGUUUCAAAAUGGACAUAGAUGAACAAUCAACAUGCUCCGAUCAGGGGAAUGGAUCAGUAUCUUGGAAUGUUUGUCACGGGGUUGACCUGUGUGCGGAACCCGCCUCUCCAUCUGUUUCCGACGACCAACCUCUCGACUUGAGUGUGCACUCACAUAAGCAUCAUCCGCCAGAAAUUGAGGAUGUGCCAGACGGUGUGGACCAACUGUUGAAGGUGCCCAACGUUCCAUCCAAGCUUGGACGCCGCGGGGAGCACCUGAACUGCAAACGGUCGUACACGGAGGAAGAGCUGCAGGCUGCCCUGCGCGACAUCCAGAGUGGCAAGCUGGGCACACGGCGUGCUGCCGUCAUCUAUGGCAUUCCUCGCUCGACGCUACGGAACAAGGUGUAUAAGCUGGCCCUGGAGCGGAGAACCGGACACUCUUCGGCCAAGGCGACGCCGAGCGAAGCGGCCGCCACCCUCGUGACAACGACCACGACAACAACGACGGUGAAUGGGACCGGAGCCAAGGGGAGUUCGGCCAGCGAGUCGUUGCGACAGCUGCUCAAGUCGACCAUCACGCAGAAGUCACUUGGCAAGGGGGGCGACAGGGAGCCCGCCAACAACUGUGCCGAACACGGUGGCCUGCUGGACGUGCCAGACGCCUCUCAGCUCCUCAGUUCGCUGGAGUGCACUCCGGCUUUGGGGCCACUGUUUGCGCAGUUCCUUUCCAGCAUCCAGCAGCUGGCCCUGCAGCCUUCCAAGGACGGCCAUGCGCAGCUGAGCACGCCGCCACUGCCCUCGUCCGAGCCGAAGCUUCCCGUCGUUUCCGACCUGAUACGGUUGCUGGCCAAAGAGCGAAUUGCACAGGAGCGCAGUCGCCACCACCACCUGCCCGCAUCUCAGCCGCAGCCACCGGUGUUGCUGAGCAACCAUGUCGCCGACAGUGCCAACAAUGUGAUACUGAAGAUUCCGUCCUACAAACCAGCCACCGCCAACAGUGCCGCCGCUCCUCCUGCCACUGCUGCUGCGCCGCGUGCUUCGACGAGUGUGUCCGAAAGCAGCAGUGGCGGUAACCUUUCGCUAAAGGAAUUGAUUGCGCGCAGCAUUAGCCAGCGCGUGCACAGUCCUGCCGUGAGCAGUACGACGGCGAGCAACAGCAGUAGCAGCAACUGUUCGUCAUCGGAGAAGUCGCCGCAGAGCAAUGGCGGCAACGUGCCAGUGUCGCCACCGCCACCGGCUCCCCGAGGAAGUGGCGGCGCGUCAAAACCCGACCAGCAGCCAGCCGGAGAACAGAAGCGAACACGACCCAAGCGCGGACGCUACCGCAAUUAUGACAGAGACAACUUGCUGCAGGCUGUGCGUGCCGUGCAGCGGGGUGAGAUGAGUGUGCACCGGGCGGGCACUUACUUUGGCGUGCCCCACUCGACGCUCGAGUACAAGGUGAAGGAGCGGCACCUGCUGCGACCCAAGAAGCGGCCCGGCUGCACGCCGCCGCCCACGAAAGGCUACCACCACCUGAAGCUGGAAGGGGCCGACGAGGCGGGGGGCGUGGCGGCGCCCUUCCUCUCGGCCGACCUGGCCAAGUUGGGGAGCGGCGGCUUCUUUGCGUCGCAGAUGAUGCGCAAACUGCAGGCAUCGACGUGCGACGCGGAGAAGAAGGGUACCGUGCCCACUGAGGGGAUCCUCGAAGCCCUCAUCAAAUCCACUCUGGACAAGAGCAUGGUGGCGUCUGCCGUGGAGACGAGCUCGGCGACGGCUCACUUGCCCAUGGCAGAAAAGUGACACCUGCGGCACUCCUAGGACAACCAAGUGCUUUAGCUCCUCCUCUCACCCCCCACCGCCCUCCCACCUUCCGGUGGCCCCGGAAAGAUUCCCUAUGUCUGGACAUCUGCACAGGGUGCCUUUAUAAAUAUAUAUAUAUAUAUGUAUGUAUAUAUAUAUAUAUAUAUUAUAUACCUAAAUAGAAGGAAGGAUUUUAAUAUAAAUAUUGAGAAGAAAGCUAGUCUAUUCUGUGAUGCAUGUUUACAAGGGCGAAUCAUAUCGGGGGAGGUGGAGAUGCCGGUGUGCGCGGCUGUACAGCUAAGGGAGGCAGCGGGGGCGAGACUUUCCCGACCUCCGAGGCAGGGUCCUGCCGCCUCGCUCGUGGGAACACACAAGUUUGUAUCAGAGUAAAUAUAUCAUUAUACAUAAUGAAUAUAUAUAUAUAUAUAUAAAUUUAUAUCAGUAUUUUUGUUUAGACUGUCGCGUGUGUGUGCGGGGAUGGGGCAGAUUUUUAUGACUGAUGCGUGUGCUGGUGUCUCCGGAUCUCAUGUGUUGCAAUGCUUUUUGAGAGUGGCUUCGGUUUUCUUUUUAUGUUUUGUGAUGUGAUUUGAGGGGCAACGUUUUAUGAAUAUUGGAAUAGGGUGGUAACAAACCUGUGCCUGCGCUCAUCAUGUGCCAUCCUCUGAUUUAAGGAGUGUUUUUUUUUUAAUACUCACGGCGAGCAUGUCUUUCUUUCCAGUGUGUUUUUGUGUCGAAAAUGCUCCCAACUCUAAAUUUCCGUCUUGUGUGAAUGGUCUAAGUGAAGCUUUGACUUUCUCGAGUUCCUACGGUGCUUUCGGAUUGUGUGUCCGCAGGGCGCUGCACGCUCUGGAGUUGUACAGGGCUCUUCUCUUGAGAGUGCUGCUUUUAUCCGCGUCUCGCAUUUCAAAUUCUCUGACAGCGAAUUCGUACAAAAUGUGGCGCAGGCAGGUGAAAUGCCGGAGUGUGGCCGGGCAUUUGGACUGCCUUGAUUUAGUGAAAUUGGAAACUCUGUGCAAAGCCAUUUUUAAUUGAGGUAUAGUUGCCAGCGGGUAGCCAGUCUGGUUCCUAGGAAGUAGCACCACAAAGUGCCUCUCCAAAUCCCUGAAGAGAUUUUGAUACAAUUUAAGAAAGCUGCCAUUCUAUUAAAUUUGCAGUUGUUUGGCACACUUAACUUCAAGCACAACUCUCUUGGGCACUCGCAUAAGUCCAGCAUUAAGUUGCUUCAGUUGGAGUGCCUUUUUCUCUUUUUCAAAGACAAAAGCUGCCUCAUUAGUUCUGGGACAACUACAAAUUCAAGUCUGAUUGUAGAUAGAGAAAUUUUAAUGAAGGUCAUGCUGUGCGCAAAAACGAAAAGUAUAAUAUUAGAAAACAAAUAUGACACUGCUGAAGUCUGUGUUCCACUAUGACCCUUUUUGUACCAUUGGCAAUUAGGCUGCUCUGAUAAAACAUUCCAUGGUGAUACAUUUGAGGAAUAUCAAGUUGAGAAAACAUGUUUUUGUCAGUUUUAUGACUCAUUGUUAAACGUUGCUAGGCAUAUGCUUUUUUUUCGCAGGCUAGAUCAUUAGUUGUUGCAUCACCUUUUCUUUUUUCUUUUUUUUUUUUUUUUACCUGACCUAAUUUAUCCCGGUGCUGUCCCCAUUCAGUCCCUCUUGUUUGGAGAAACAAGGUUGUUAAAACACAAACGUGAUCCAUGCAAGGGACUUGGAUUUUGGAUAAUUGGCAACAGCCUUGUUUCCGCUUCUGGUGCCACAUUGCUCUUUUCCUAGCAUCUUUCUGGCACUUUUUUUUAGUGGCGUGCAAAGGUGCUAACACUCCGAAGACAUUGGCAGGUUUUAACAGGGCAGCCAUUUUCCAUUGGACGGGGCAAUCGCGCAUAAUCGCUGCGGAUCAAACGAGGGUUGUGUUCUGGAGUUUAAGGAACUGUGUCCCGAAAGGAGUGAUGCACACAUCCACCUCAUCUAGAACAACCAGUGAUCAGGGUACGGCCGUGGGUAGCAUUAGACGUUUCUUAUCGUGCUUUUCUGGUGAUGAACAAACUGCAAGUGCCCAAGUUGCAUCUUUCCUCGAAGCUUUUCCACUUGCGCCGUUUGUCGCAAGAAGGAGGCGAUACCUCGUUGGGGGGGGGUGUCUGGAGAGCAGUGCUCGCUUUCUACUACUCUUACAACCAGACUUAGCUUUGCUGUGAAUUUCUUCUCUUGAGAGCUGUAUUCUGCCGCUUGGCCAGCCACAGUCUCUCUGGACCUCUCUUUUCACUUUUGUUGACUGCGUAAGAGGAAAGUGUGUGAAAGGCUUCCCAAGUACUUAGAGAUUGUUUAAUAUUUGUCCUUUGUUUUGAACACCUGUCAGUGGUGCCAGCAUACAUGUCUGCAUUGCUGGGGAAAGCAACUUUCAACUGAGGUGGUUUUCAGAAAGUAGAUGACAUCACAAACAAGCAUUAGCAGUUGCGCUAGUGUCGACUGGCUUUUUGUACACUUUCUCCUUAAUUUGCGCGACGAUCUGGGUUCCACAAUGGGGUUCGGGGAUGACUGGUCAAGCUUUGUGUAUCAUGUGGCAUAUUUGUACAGGUAGAUGUCUGAAACGGGAAAGUAAAAAAAAGAAAAAGAAAGCAAUCUCUCGAAGUACAGUUUAGUUAUGCGAAAGCAUCAUUUAACAAAUGCUUUUCAGUUGUGUUUUUUUGUGUUUGCCUUUUUUUUUUUUUUUCUUAGGUGCUUCACACAUGGCAAUUGAAUGUGCAAUUUGUAGGUUCUAGGUCUUGUUUGUUCUAGCCACAACCUUUUUUUUUUAUUUACAGCUGAUAUUUAUGUUUGCAGACUUUUGUGAAUAGCUUUACAGUGAGGUUUGUCAUUCAGGAGACCAGAAGUGCUAUGUGGUAUUUGCUAGUCAAAAGGCGAUAUGCAUUUGACUGCUUAUAUGCUUUCUUUUCUUUAAGGCGGAAAUAUGCUAUUUUGGUUAAAUAAUUUGAAUAGUUCUAUGAUGCACCAAUAGACUUGUUCCAAAACUCGAAGCGCCUCAUCCUGGCGUAAUGUCACCGUAUGCAUUCUGGGAAUCAGUGGGCAGCAAAAUCCAUACGUGCUCCGCUCUUGUCCCACAGGUUCCCAGAAUGCAACGCUUGCGGUGACAUAUUUAUGGAAGCAGUCUAUUCCAAGAAGCGGUGUGCACGGAUUUAAACAUAUUUAUGUUGAUACACUUGUUGCUUUGUUUUUUGGUUUUGUUGUUUACUAAACUCCCUGUGCUGAGUCACCAAAUCUGGAUAGCUCUAUUUUAAGCUGCUCAACCUUUGCAUAGAUGUAUGUUUAUGACAGACAGCUACAUAUUGUUUUUGCUUGUUGCGUGGUUGUGGCUUAUACAAGCAAAGAUGUACAUCCUUAGUUCAUGUGUGGCGCAAGUGUUAUCCUUUGCAUACAGGGGUACGUCAAAACUGGAAGAAGUAACUUUGGCACACUAUGAUGGAGGGCUAGCCAAAAGGCUUUAUUUUGUAAAGGCCAAAACAGUGUAUUUUGAAUACUGCUCACUCAUUGCAUAAUGGAACUUGUGCCAGUGUCAGUGUGCCUAGGCUCAUUUUCAAUUGUGCCCACAGAGAAUGUCUACUCGUGGUUGUUUUGCCCAUACAGUGGGCUCGAUCGUGGAGCAAAUUAGGUGCAGGGUCUAUGGUGGAGAAUGCAUUUGGAGAUUUUGGGACAGCAUGCUUGUGUCCACAGUCGGUCGAUGGAAGCCAAGCCUUAAAGAAGCCCGCCGACCGCUGCUGAGAGAAGUGGUUGGAUUGGGUCUUGUGCAAUUAUCCUCUGUGUUUUUGGGUGCAUUCUGUCUUUUGUCAGUCUUGAGGAGCUUUGUAUGUUCUUUUCCAAGCUACUUUUGUUUUGACUUAGUUGGCGAUCCACUGGGUGCUUUUGCGUAUCCGGCCGAGUUUAGUGCUAGACUGGGUCAGGUUUUUAAGGCAGUGGGUAGUCAUAUUUUCUCUACUGGAGACGAGACCUGUUCACAUGGGUAACACGGUAACACUGGCUUCUUGUACCUGUUGGCAGUGUGCCGCUUCUUAGCCGACAGAAGAUUGAUUGUGGAUUUUCGGGACGCUCGUAGUAGUGCUUGGAAGAAGGGAGUGGGGGGGGUUACUCUGGUGGGACGCUGGCACGAGGACUUGCAUUGGCAGAUUGACUUAAGCAUAUUUUUUUAACCCCAUGCAUUUGUACACUGCCAUAUUCAAGGGUCAGGUUGCAUUGGCUCUCCGAAGUUGUUAUGCCAGGUGAUAAUCAGCAUUUAGGACUUUGAACACUGUGCAUUUGAGUGCGGUCUCCAGGGCAUCUCGUGGAAUUGGUGCUGCAGGUCUCAGAUUUGUGGGGUGGGACCUUUGCAGAUGCGAGGUGAGCUGUUGAGUUUCAGCGUGCUUGUGUGUGCCAUGCUUUCAGAUGUGUGAGCCCCCUUUGGUGUGUGGCAGACUUUGCGAGUUGCGUCAUGCUUUGGAGUUCUGACCGGUGGUUUGGUUGCAAUGUGCUGUGUUUUGCGGUGCCUCAUUUAUGCUGGUUUGAGUGCUGUAACAUUUUUUGGGGGUCGGCAGUUAUUUUCUAUUGGCCCUUAGGAAGGACUUUAUUUAAAAAGAAAAAAGAUUUCCUUAUUGUGUCGUGACGAGAUAGGAUAGGUGAGGCACCCGUUUUUGUUUUGAUGGUACCAGGGUUGAAAUUCUGUGUGGUUCAAGUCCUGAGUGCACGAUCCCGGUGAAGAUGCUCACUUAGCUGUAUGUCCUUGCUUCCUCUUGAGAUAAAUGGGGUGAAAUGGAGGAAUUUUUGGACGGGGGCCAGUUUUGCCUUGUUUUGCUUCUCGGCUCAGGACUUGGUACGGCGCUUUGGAAGGCAAGCCUCUAGGGGGUGGCAAGGGCGUGGCUUGUGUGUUUCCUAACCUGCAUUCCAAACUUAGUGCAAAGCUGAGGAGCAUUGUUCGGUGGGGCACUGGCCUACUUGUGGUGGCCAUUGCCAUGUUUAUUGCCGGUGUUCUGUUUCUUUAUGAAGUAGUUUUUUUAUUAUUAUUAUUAUUAUUAUUUACGUUUAUUGUUAUGAAUUUUUGCUUUGUUGAUGAAAGAAAGUCUUGUAUAUCAUUGAUUUAUGUAUUCAAAGAUGAUAUGUCCUCAUGUGUGAGUUACACAUGUACAUAUUCUGAGUACAUUCCAGUAGCUUCAAACUUGUUGCAGUCUGUUUUGUUUUGUACUUGAGCCGUGUGAUUUAUUGUUUCUUUAUUUGCUUCGAAGUUUUAGAUGAUUUAUCACUGACGAUAGGUUGUAUAACUUACAGAGCACCCAUAAGAGAGUGUCACGGAAUUCACAUCUUUAAGGACAUUUGUAUUCACGAUGACAAAUUAAAGAGGUCCACUUUGCUGACGUUGUUGA